UCCCCACUGUACCCUUGGCUACAGUUCUGGGAGAGAAAAGGCGUGUCAAAGGCGGAGUCACAGGCUCUCCUCCUCUGUAGCUCCGCCCAGUAGUGGCUCCAUGUGGUCUCACAACUCGCCUUUGCAGGGAGGGUGGUCCCCAGGCAGACUUGCGUUAGAGUGACACCGUAAGAACCAAGCUCCCAAGACCACCCAGCUUAAGUUCCAUAUUUUUAAUUUCCUCCCCGGAAAAAGAGCUAGGAACGCGACCUGUGGGAAGAACUGGAGUCCACCGGUUUCCAACCUGCUCCGGAGGACCAGCCCAGGACCAGAAGUCUUGGGAGUUCCGAAUGACAAGUGAGCUGCCUUAAGAGGACAGGCGCGUAAUGGCCGCACACAUCCGCCGUCUGUGUCAUAUUGCCUUCCACGUGCCGGCCGGGCAGCCGCUGGCCCGGGACCUGCAGCGUCUCUUUGGCUUCCAGCCCCUGGCGGCGCGGGAGGCGGGUGGCUGGCGACAGUUGGCCCUACGCAGCGGAGACGCAAUCUUUUUGGUGAACGAGGGCGCGGGGCCCGGGGAGCCGCUGUACGGUCUAGACCCGCGUCACGCUGUGCCCAGCGCCACGAACUUGUGUUUCGACGUAGACGAUGCGAGCGCCGCCGCCCGAGCGCUGGCCACCCGGGGCUGCCGGGUACCGGUGCCCCCAGUUAACGUGCGGGAUGCGCAGGGCGCCGCCACCUACACUGUAGUCAGCUCGCCGGCUGGCAACCUCAGCCUGACGUUGCUGGAGCGCGCCGGCUAUCACGGGCCCUUCCUGCCAGGCUUCGGACCCGUGUCCUCCAAGGCCGACUCCGGUUGGGUCAGCCACGUGGACCACUUGACCUUGGCCUGCAUGCCCGGCAGCUCCCCAAAGCUUAGGCGCUGGUUCCAGGACUGCCUGGGCUUUCACCACUUGCCGUUGAACCCAGGGGAGGAUCCCGAGCUGGGCCUCGAAGUGGUAGUUCAGUCGGGGCAUGGGGGGCUGCGACUCACCGCCCUGCAGACCCCAUCCGGCAGUGUUGUUCCCACCCUCGUGCUGGCCGAGUCUCUGCCGGGAGCUACCAAUAAACAGGACCAGGUGGAACAAUUUCUGGUCCGGCACAGGGGGCCGGGCCUGCAGCAUGUAGGACUGUACACACCGAACAUCAUGGAGGCCAGUGAAGGGAUGGCAGUGGCCGGAGGCCGGCUCCUGACACCUCCCGAAGCCUACUACCAACAGCCAGGCAAAGAAGGGCAGAUCCUAGCUGCAGGGUUCAAGCCUAGCCUUCUGGCCCGACAGGGAAUCCUGCUAGAUGGAGAUAAAGGCAAGUUUCUGCUUCAGGUCUUCACUAAGUCCCUCUUUGCUGAGGAUACCUUCUUCUUGGAGCUGAUUCAGAGGCAAGGGGCCACAGGAUUUGGCCAGGACAACAUCCGUGCACUAUGGCAAUCCAUGCAAGAGGAAGCUGCCAGGGGCCAGUAAGCCUGAGGAGGGCCUGAGCUGGGUGCAGCCAUCAGUCUUGUAGCCUAAGACACAUCCAGAGACGGCCCAGCUAUUGAAGAGCUUUGCCCUCAGAGGCCAGGUGUGACCUGCUUCUCAGUACCAGUCAGCAGUUAAGUUUCAUACUGGGCUCCAAAGAAGUGGGUUUUUUUUGUUUGUUCAUUUGUUUGUUUUGUUUUGUUUUUAACUCUAAAACCUUUCUUACAGUUUAAUAUCUAAUACAUACACAAGAAACAAAGAACAAUAAAAGAAUUACAUGAUUAGGUCACAGAGCUAAUACAA